AUGAUUAAGGCUCUGGAAGAUACUGGCCUUCAGUAUUUUCUGGACGAUAAGCAAACUGUCUACCCUGAAUCUAUUCUGGAGUUUGUCUAUAAUGCCAGAGUAUUCAGGGGUGGCCGAAAGAAGAAAACCGCCAAGAAAGCUGCCCCAGCCAAAGCGAAGGCCGAAGGCAAAGGAAAAGAGCAGGUAAUUUUCUCAGAACCACCACAGCACACAGAAGAUGAAGAGUGGGCCUCUGAGAGAACAGACACGGAAAAGACCGAGGAUGAUAGAACGGUCAAUGAAGACGGUUCGGCCCAGAGUCCUAAUGUUGCCGCACCAAACACCAACCCUGAGACCACCGAGGAGAGGGAGGAGGCCGAAGAAGCAGAGGCCAAUAGGAUAGCUGGGAAACUCCUUCAAGGCAUCAGAAGAAGAGCCGAGUCGGUUGAAGAACUAUACCUGGAGUGGCACGAGCACCGGUUUGAUACACCGUAUAGACAAAUCCUACCGGGCCACACAGAUGAGCAAUGCAUAAACAGACUGGAGGAAGUGGAGGACCUGAUGAUGAACAUUACGAACUCCAACACACUCCAAGAGGUACAACACCGAACUUGUCUCUUGUUACCGAAGGUUCAACUUCGGAAACUAACGACAAAAAUCCGGAAAAUUACGGAGGAGCUCAACAAGAUGGAAUCGGUGGAAACCGUAGCGCCGCGGGUGUUAGCAAGGCUUGAAAAAGCCAAAGGGGAACUAAUUCAAGAAGUCGAGCGGCUGGAAGCCAUAUGCAGCCGAAUGCAAGUACCGGUUUAUACUGCUCCCAAGAUCGAAAGCUUUCCGGUUAACUGCCCAACACCUCCAAGAGAGAAUGCGGCAUCGAUAGAAUCCAGUGAAAGAGCCGAUCCAAAUCUCACCGAGCACUCACCUCCCCCACUACCGGAAGUCCCCGUUUCAGACUUUACUAAAGAAUGGGAUAGAUCCAACAGAAUAGUUGAUUCGGCCCUCAAGUUCGCCGACGUCACAAGGAAUCUUCUGGAGAGAAAUCAAGAACGGUUCUCAGAACUCGGCGAAGGUCUGCAGGAAGAGGCGGUUCAGCGCGAUAAAUGUGUUCAGCGAACAAUUCUGGAGGACGUGACCUCCGAUUUAAAGAAAGACUUCGACCGGCUUGAAAGAGAUACCGAUCAACGGUUGACAUCGAUGAGUAAUGAUCUGGUCGGCACGACACUUGACCGGGUCUCCAAACUCGAGAAGACGAAUAUGAAUCUCGUGGCCGAACUGAAGGCACUUUCCGAACAAAUGGCCGAAAUUCUAAGGGCAAAGGUGAACGCGGAUGCCGCGGCCAUAGUGGCUGAUGCUGAAACGGCUAAAAGGAUCCAGGAUGCGCUGGAUGCCGAAGCAGGCAAAGAUAAAGAGGCACCGCGCUCAUCUCAGCUUACCGAAGAGGAAGAGGAAGCUGCGCGGAUUAAAAAGGCUAAGGUCAUAUUCCCAGGGUUUGCUGAGAAAGUAGCCACUCAAGCUGCGGAGGAUGCCGCACGGUUGGAAAGGCAAAAACGGAAGCUGGAAGAAUUCGCCGAAGAAAACAAGAAGAAAAAGGCGGCCGCCUCCGCCUCAGCGCCGAAAAAGCGGAAGAGGGAGACUCCUAAGAAGGAGGUCCUUAAGAAGGUUCGAAUUGCCGAGCUACUCAGUGAGGUCUCUGAACCGGUCAUCCCGAGUACAUCGCAGCAGGACGACCAAAUCGAAGAUGAAGUCGAAGAAUAA